ACUUAGGCGAACUUUCGAAAUUAAUAAUUGCACUUUAAGUGUAUUGCCAUGGGUAUUUAUUAUUCGAUAAUUUGUGCUUUGAUUGAUGUGCGCAUCUAUGUGUAUUUCUUUAAUACCUAAAAUUUUACCUUAUGUAUUUUUAAAUGCAAUGAAAAUUUUAAAAAACUUAUUUUUGUUAUUCAUAAAAAUUAUAUACCCGAACCCACAACUCAAGUUUACAUUUAGGGGCGGAAUUUUCUUCUCUGAACUACCACCCACGUUGUAA